AGUUUCACUCAUUGGUUAUGACGUUAGUUUAAAAUUUGCAGCGGGGCCAUAUUCUUCUGGAUGUUGGUCGUUUAAUAUCUUCUUUAGCAUUAACCAGCGGGCUAGCGAGCCUUUGGACGUUGUCACUCAGGACGUAAAAGCUUCUCCUAAAUUACAAUGUCUUUUUCGAGAGCUCCAAUAAAGAGAUUUAAUGAGCACAUCGGAUGCGCCCCGCCGCCGGGAUCCUACGAGGUGAAAACCGGCGAAGUGAAGGGCGCCGUCUCCUUCCGCAAAGCGGAGCGCUUCAGGGCGGCCAAGGCUGCCGACCUGGGGUCUCCAGCAAAAGACGUCUUGAUGUCUCCCAUGAGGCGGACCAUGUCCGCUGACGGGCUGGUUAGUGUUCAGUUUGCUGAAGGACUCAACCAAAGGAAGGAGAAGAGCAAUGUGUCGGCACAUAUUAGACAGCAGAAGUUAUUGGAGAGAGAGAUCCGCUUCUUGGUCCAGCAGCGUGGGGAGCAGGACCAUGUGCUGCAAACCCUGGAGGAGGAGACAAGGAAGAUGGAGGCUAAGUUACUGGCUGCUGUGAGGGAAAAAACUGGCCUCUCUUCCAAUGUGGCAUCUCUGGAGAGACAGAUGGGAGAGCUCAAGAAAGCCAAUGAGUUCUUAAAGGCCAAGGUUUCUGCAGAUACUGCCAAAAAGAGGAUUAACUCUCUGUCCCUGGAGUUAAUUGAAGCAAAAAAUAAGUUGGAUGUGAAAGACAAGGAGCUGAGCUACCUGCAGAUCAGCUUAGAAGGUCAGGUGAAGCUGCUGGAGAAGGAGCUUGAGACCUCGCGUGUGACUCUGGCGGCUGUGAAGGACAGGGACGGGGACCUGGACCAGCUCUACCAAGACCAUAAAGCUCAGAACGAGGAACUGACCACUGAGAAUGAUAAGCUGAAUGCUGUUAUCCACGAGCUGAGGAAUGACAUCGAAGUGCUGCAGGGGUACCUGGAUACGGCCAACGAGGAGAUCCAGUGUCUGCGUUUGAAGCUUCAAGAGAGCUCAUCUGAGGUGGACAGUAAAAUGUCUGAGUCUAUGGUAAAAUUAAGAGAUCUUGAGCACCAGCUAAAGCAGUGCACUGAAGAGCUGUCAGAAUCCCAGAAUGCACUUGGGGAGAAGGAGCGGGAGCUGGAGAGACGUGACAGGGCGCUGCAAGACUCCAGGAGUAUGUGUGGAGAGGGGGAGAGGCAGCUGGAGCAGCGGACUCAGGAGCUGCGAGAUUCCCGAAAUGCCGUGAGCCAUCAAGAGCAGGAGCUGGCCAGGCUCAGGGACAUCCUGAGGAGAACCGAGGAGGAACUGGACCAGCGGGUCGCCCUCCUUGGAGAAAGGUGCCUGCAUCUGGAGGAGGAGAGAGGUAAAACGCAAGAGGAAGGGCUGAGGAGAGUGGAAGAACUGAAAGCAGAGAUCACAUCUCUGCAGGACAAGACAAAGGCAGACCAAGAGUCAUACUGGCAGCUUCAGCAGGCCCACAGAGUCCUGGCUGAGCUUCUGGACGAAGAAAAGUCACGGGCAAGCUCGCUGUCGGACUUGGUGGAGCGUCUGCAGGCGAAGACGGAGGCGGAGCGCUGCCAGCUGGAGUCGGAGCUUGAGGAGGUCCUGGAGGAGGUGUCUCAGCUGGAGGCGCAGGAGCAGCGCAGCGAGGAGGCCAUGCAGCACCUGGAGCAAGUGAACCGGGAGUUGCAGAUGGAGCUGAAGACGGUACAGGCUGAGGUGGAGAGAAAGCAUUUGGAAAGGGCAGAACUAGAAGAGCGCCACCACUUGGAAAUGAGAGAACUCCAAGAGGGACACAGCCUGUCCUGGAAGAGGACUGGAGAGAUGGCCACUGAGCUUGAGAGCACCAAGAAGUCGUUGGCUGGCUCGAUGCCCCUCGUAAAGGCUCGAUGCCAGGAGCUGGAGAAGGAGGUGAAGGAGGUGAAACAGCAGCUGCAGGACAGCCAGCUUUCCCUAGGCAAAGCUACAGAUGAUCAUGCCAGGGCAUUGCUGGAUGUGCAGACAAGGUUGGCUGAGAGGGAUGCAGAGCUUCGGAGCACAGCAGAAAGUCACACCUCAGUGGUGGUCCAGCUCCAGUGUCAGGUGGACCAGGAGAAGACAGAAAGCCAGGAGCUCCAGGGACUGCUGGAGCAGGAGCAGUCAGAGAAGGAGUCUUUGAAGGAGUCACUGGAGACGCGUCUUGCAGAAAUCAAGGAGCUACAGACCCAACUGGAAGAGCUGCAGCAGGAGAAGCAGGAUCUUCAAAGACAGACAGAGCAGGAAAAAGUGGACCUGAAGAAGCAGAUGGAGGAUGAGAAGAGAGCCAUUCAAAAGGAAAUGGAAAGUGAGAGACUGGAGUUGGAGAAGCAGAUGGAGCAGGAGAGGUGUGAUUUUGAGAAGCAGAUGGAGGAAAGGAUCAACUAUGAGGGGCUGAACGAGCCUGAGCUCCAGAAGGGCGCUGCAGACUCCACAGAGUUGGGCAUCUGGCGAGAGCGCUACGAAGAGCUCUACGCCAAAGUUAAACCUUUCCAGGAACAACUGGAUAGCUUCUCAGAGGAGCGGGAUGCCCUACUAAACAAGAACGGGGCCACGCAGGAGGAGCUGAACAGGCUGGCAGAUGCUUAUGCGCGUCUCCUGGGGCACCAGAAUCAGCGGCAGAAGAUCAAGCACGUGAUGAAGCUCAAGGAGGAGAACAUCUCCCUCAAGCAGGAAGUGUCAAGGCUCAGGGCUCAAAUGACACGGCAGAAGAAGGACGUGGAGCAGCUGAAGGCCAGUCAGGUCCCUCGCAGGUUUGACCCAAGCAAAGCCUUCAAACAUGAGAGCAAAGAGAACCAUCACCCCCCUUCGAUCCUCAGGCAAGAAAAUUAGUCUGUACUGGGUUCCUGGACACCCUGGAGUCCAUGGCGAUCAUGCAGGGGCGGUGCCUGUGUGUGUUUCCGUAUCGCCUGGCAGCCAGCUGAGGAGAUUGGUGUUUGUGUGUAGGGGACCUGUACCUUUGAUAAGCACUGACCUCAACUACUGGGUCUAUGGGCUUUUUCAUAGGGUUCAUGUCACUGUAUAUAUGGUUUCUGUUAAAUGACUGCAAACAUAGAUGUGAAUAUUAACUAUUUGGGAUUGGAAUUUUUACUAGUAUGUUUCACCCUGUUUCUGCCUAAUUGUGGUAAAUGUUUUGUGUCCUGAGAGUAAAGGGAUACAUGUCUGUACAUCAACUCCUUUUGAUUGAUUUUGGGAUUUUAAGUUUGAGUCUCUCCACUGAACCAUUUAGAGUCAAAUCUGCAUUCUCAAUAUCAACCAUAAUUUUCUGUAAAAUAUUUGUGUGUUUGUAACAUUGUCUGUGAACGUCUAAAUUAAGUAUUAAACAUUGUUUUUGUUCUGGGGACUUAAGACAACUGAAAACAUUAAAAUAAAUUUGCUUAAAGCACA